AGUCUAACAAUGCAAAUUGAGGUCAGUAACAGUUCCCAAUCAUAAACAUAGUAGAAAUUAAUGUUUUUGUGACCCCGUUUUUUUCUCAAAAAAAAGGUACAGCUUUGUUUUUCUUCAAUUCUUCCUUGCUACAAUCAAAAUGAUGACAACGAAUGGGCAAGAGCCUAUACCUUUUGUAGAUUAUUAUUGUGCCUGCUCGGACAAAAAAGCUAACGAGAUCAACCCCAACUUAACACUUGAGAAUACACCUACAUUAACAGCAGAAAGUGCCGCUUCAGUUACUGGUCGUCAUCUAUUAUCCAGUCAAGCCUCGAAUUAUCUUUAUCCUUUGUCACGUCUUUAUUUUUGUGAAGAUUGUCAUCAAAUUCGUUGCCCAUCAUGCGUUCAGGACGAAAUUGUAUCCUAUUACUGUCCCAAUUGUCUUUUUGAAGUACCUACCGCCAGUGUCAAAAGUGAAAAGAAUAGGUACACAACAAUAAAUCAAAUGAUUAUAUUUCCAUGGCUCAUGCUUUGACUAGAUGCGCAAGAAAUUGCUUUCAAUGUCCCAUUUGCCAGAACACGUUAUCUGUGGUAGCAGCUCAAGAACAAGCUCAACUCACAAGUUCAGGGCCUGCUCCUGGCCCUUACUUUCUAGCUUGUAAUGUUUGCCGAUGGAGUUCCCAAGAGAUCGACAUGACGUUCGAGAAACCAACUAGUUUAGCACGUAAGCAACCAUCGCACGUAUACAAAAAACAAAGACUAACCGAUAAAAAAGUGCAAUUACAAAAAAACGAGGAAGCUCUACCCGAUGCAAAGGAAUUUGAUCAGCUCAAAGAACAUUUUGAAAAGCAUCUUCGUGUCAACGCACCGCCUUCUUUACCCAAUAGCUUUUUGAAUUUCUCGAGUUCGAACGCUUUCAGCAAAUACAUGGGAACCCACUUUCAUCAUGAUCCACAAAUGCAACAAGGGAAACUCGAUGAUAUUAGUGAUUAUGAACCCAGUGUUCAGAUACCCGAUAGUGAUCCUAAAUUAUUGGAUUCCAUGAUUUCGCUUCGAAGUGUAGAUGGAGUAUCAACUUUAACUCAACGAUCCACACAACUUUAUGAUCAACCUUAUGAAUUAUCUAAAGUGCAUCCUCAACGUAUCCAUCUUUCAAUUAAGCGAUCCAAACGUUGUCGCAAUUGCCGUCAUAUUUUAAUCAAACCUGAACAAAAAGCGCAGGCAACAAGAUUUAAAAUUAAGCUUGUAGCCAUGAACUACAUACCCACCAUCAGUCUUUCCAAGUUACCCCGAAAAAACUGGCCACUUCAGGUCAAUGUACCUACUCAAAUCGUCAUCAAAUUCACCAACCCUUUAUACGAGGAAAUGAGCAUUACCUUGGCAACCCCUCAAAUAAGAAAGAAGUCUGCCUCUGAUGAGGAUAACUCCAAAAUCCGUGGUAAAGUCACUAUUCUCUCACCUCAUUUUACUGUGGGUGCUUAUAAUGAAACUUUUGAGUAUGAUGAUGAGAUGUAUCCUGCUGGAAGUAAUAGACGUCAGAACGGAUUUGUCGGAGGGACCUCGGUUGAUGGUGUAUAUGAAAAGAGAAAUAAUUACACAAGUAUCAUUGUGGAGGUUAUUCCAGAACAAGCAGGCGAAUUUAAGUUUCCAUUGCUGGUGACAUAUAACUACAAGUCAGAUGAAGAUCGUACAGACGUGUCUUCGGGUGACGUGGAUGCUGAUGAUAUAGAUGAUAUGGACGUGGAUGAUAGUAUUGAUGGCUCAAAGAAGACCAGCUCUUCUAUAAGGUUUGAUGACGAAAAGAUCAAGAGUUAUUCAUUUUGGUGUUUGAUUGGUCUUGGAUCAGCAGAAUAAAGUAUAAAAUAAAAGAAGAUAGU